AUGGUUUCAAAUACUGAUUUGGCCUUCCUGGCCCUAACAUUGGUUGUCCUCAACAAGCGGAAAAAAGAGAAAACGACGGUGGUCCAAGGAGUGGAACCAGAAGACUAUAGGAACUUUUUGAGAAUGGACGGAGAAAGUUUCGAUUAUCUGCUGGAGUUAGUAAGGCCCGACAUCGAGAAGAAGGAUACAAAUAUGCGUGAAGCGAUUCCUGCAAGCCAGAGACUGUCUAUCACACUGAGGUAUCUAGCGUCUGGUGCAGAUUUGGAAGACCUAAAAUUCACUUGCGCCAUAGCACCUCAAACUCUGGAGUCCAUCAUAAUGGAAACUUGUUCGGCAAUAACGAAGGCAUUGAAGAAAAACAUUCAGGUUCCGAAAUCGCAAGAUGGAUGGGAAAGAGUAUCGCAGGAGUUCGAAGAACAAUGGAAUUUCCCCAAUUGCUUAGGGAGCGCUGACGGUAAACACGUGGCAAUCCAAAAACCACCCAAUUCCGGAUCAUACUAUUACAAUUACAAGGGAUAUUUCAGCAUUGUGCUUAUGGCUGUUGUUGAUGCUAACUACAAAUUUCUGAUGGUGGAUGUGGGAGCGAAUGGUCGAGUGUCUGAUGGUGGCGUUAUGAAAAACACCUUAUUUUGGCGCAAGUUGUCUGAGAACCAGCUUAACUUGCCUGAUCCUCGACAGUUACCAGGCACUUCUAAGAAAUGUCCGUACGUGUUUCUUGGCGAUGAAGCUUUCCAACUUCACCCUAAUUUCAUGAAACCGUACAAUAGGGCUGCUCUGACAAAUGAUAAAACGAUUUACAACUACAGACUCUCCCGAGCCAGAAGAGUCGUGGAGAAUGCGUUCGGAAUAUUAACGAAAAGAUUUAAAAUAUUUCAAAAACCCAUUAAAUUUGAGCCAUUAAAAGUUAGAAAAAUCGUUAUGACAUAUUGCCAUUUGCAUAACUAUUUAUGCUCAAAAAACAGAGCUAACUAUUUGCCACCUCAGGACAUUGACAAUGAAGACGUUACUACUGGUGCUAAGGAACUUGGGUCAUGGAGACAAGACACUCCACAGAUGCUUUCCCUUCAAAAGACUAAAGGCAAUGCAACAGUAUUAGCAAAAACAAUAAGGGACGACUUCUGCGAGUUCUUUAACACCUCUGGGGCAGUUGCGUGGCAAAAUAAGUACCUCAUUAUUAAUAAGUGACAAUAUUUAGUGUUGAUAUA